CGGACUGACAACCCCAUGCAAAUUAAACACCAUCGCCCGGAUGGAUUUUGUCGGGGAAAUAGUCCAAAUCGGUCCAUAUACCCUUAAAUUGCCUGUGGAUGUGCAUGAUCGUCAGCGGUACGGUGCCGCUGGUUUGCGCGAAGACAAUAGGGUUCUAGGUAGUCAAUGGCGCUAGCGGUGGCGUGAGUUCUAUCCCGGUCCAGUUGCUUCGCGGAAUGGGUAUGUACGUCACAGCUAUCUUUUCGGCGAAGAACGAGGCCUUCUUUCGAAGACUAGGUGCUGAAGAGAUGUGUUUACUCCAACUGAUCCAGACGCCUAGUCCAUGAAUUGCCUCGAAUUUACCAAGCACAAUUCUUAUGAAUUUCUUCCACUAGGAAACAGACCCUUUGACACCAUCGUCGACUGCGUAGGCAACGAGACGUUAUAUACCUGUUCUCCCGGAUAUAUACAUCGAACCUGAAGGGAAGUAUUUGUAUAUCGAAGCAGGUCCUUUCGGUUCUUUCAAGACCGCCAACUGGUGGCCUGUCAUACUUGGAGGAACACCAUGCACAAAAGUAACUAUUUUGAGCAUGCCAAGUGGCGCUUCAGCUAAGGAUAUCGUAAACUGGUUUGAAAAGGGGUGGGUUAAUGAGGUUCCUGUGGACUCUUCGUAUGAGAUGGAUAAUGCUCUACAGACCUAUGAAAAGUUGUCAACAAAUAGAGCUACUAGGAAAAUAUUUGUGAAGGUGAAAUAAGAAGCUUCAAUACCAUUUGUUUUACUCUAAUGAUUCUUGUACAUUGAGUUAGAAUGUCAUUACAUGGUCAGGAUAACGAGGAACAUGCAAUUGGAGCUUCCUUAGGGCGAAUUAGAUCCUCGGUCCCUGAGCAGGUAUGGUAAAAGGAGGUCAAGACAUAACCUUUAGAACUGAGGGAUAAAAAUUGGUUUGAUUUAUUUUAUACAGAUGGCUACAUGAAUAGAAGGUAC